GGCAGCUAUGGAAAACAGAGACCUCGGUGGAGAUCCUUAAAGCAGUAACAUGCCGGAGCGCAGCUGUUCUGCCACUUUCUCCCCUUUCAACCUGCCGGACCCGGUGGGCUUUGGGUGACCUACCGAGGAGGAAUCCACUUCUGCAGGAGCAGGCAGGCCAGAUCUGGCAGAUAGCUGAUAUGAGGACUUUGCUGACUUCAGAAAGCUGACAGACAGCAACAGACUUCAGUGAAAUAUCCCUCUGAGCACAGAGACUUUGGUGGAUUUAAAGAACCUCUUGUUCUGCAAAGACAUGGCUAUUGGUUCUUUCAGCACACAUGGAGGAAGGCAACAAACUUUGUAACCCUGGCUAAUAAAACUGUGUUUUCCUUAUCAAAAGUAGGAGGUAGGCCAAUUAUAAAAGGAUUAUUUUAUGCUUAGCCUCCAGGACUUCAACUCUGGCCUGAACACUGGACAAAAAUAGAAGCCAAUUUUAAUGACCUGAGAUUUUGUUACCUGUGCUUUAUUAUUGUUAUCAGUUCUUCAACACUUUGGUACUUUAUUUCUUUGAAUUAGAGAUGGGUUCGUGGACUAAAAUGUGGCCCACAGAUUGGGUUCUUCUCAUGAAAUCRUGGCUUAUCUUUUCCCUGGGGCUCUACAUACAGGUCUCCAAAACUUUGGCCUGCCCGAAAGUGUGCCGCUGUGAUCGAAACUUUGUCUACUGUAACGAGCGAAGCUUGACCUCAGUGCCUCUUGGGAUACCGGAGGGUGUAACCGUCCUCUACCUCCAUAAUAACCAAAUUAAUAAUGCUGGAUUUCCUGCGGAGUUGCACAAUGUCCAGUCUGUGCACACAGUCUACCUGUAUGGCAACCAAUUGGAUGAAUUUCCCAUGAACUUGCCCAAGAAUGUCAGGGUUCUCCACCUGCAGGAAAACAACAUUCAGACCAUUUCCCGUGCUGCUCUUGCCCAGCUUUUGAAGCUGGAAGAACUGCACCUGGAUGACAACUCCAUCUCCACCGUUGGCGUUGAGGAUGGGGCAUUCCAGGAAGCCAUCAGCCUCAAGCUUCUGUUCCUGUCCAAGAAUCAUUUAAGCAGUGUGCCCGUGGGGCUUCCGCUGGACUUACAAGAACUGCGAGUGGACGAAAACCGGAUUGCUGUCAUUUCAGACCUGGCCUUCCAGAACCUUACAAGUCUGGAGCGUCUGAUCGUGGAUGGCAAUCUCCUCACUAAUAAAGGCAUCGCUGAAGGCACCUUUAGCCACCUCUCCAAGCUCAAGGAAUUCUCAAUAGUUCGGAAUUCGCUGACUUAUCCUCCUCCUGAUCUUCCGGGUACACAUCUGCUAAGACUUUACUUGCAGGACAACCAGAUAACCCACAUACCACUUACAGCCUUUUCAAACCUCCACAAACUGGAACGUCUYGAUAUUUCCAACAAUCAACUUCGGAUGUUGUCGAAGGGAGUAUUUGAUAAUCUCCAUAACCUGAGACAACUCACUGUAAGGAAUAAUCCCUGGUUAUGUGACUGCAGCAUUAAGUGGGUCACUGAAUGGCUCAAAUUUAUUCCUUCUUCCAUCAAUGUGCGGGGUUUUAUGUGCCAGGGACCAGAGCAGGUCCGAGGUAUGGCAGUCAGGGAACUCAAUAUGAAUAUGUUGUCAUGCCCCACCACCACCCCUGGUCUGCCACUUGUCAUCACCCCAGUCCCAGCUACAACCAUGCCAACUACAUUAGUUCCCAGCUCAUCAUCUCCCCCCUCAAGCAGUAAAUAUAAUCCUCUCACUCCCAUCAUAGCCACACUCCCCACUGUGCCUGACAGGGAGGACAGAGAAAGGGUGACACCUCCUUUGUCUGAAUGGAUUCAGCUCUACAUCCAUUUUGUGAAUGACACUUGCAUCCAAGUCAACUGGAUGUCACUUUUUACGGUGAUGGCGUAUAAACUCACGUGGGUUAAAAUGGGCCACAGUCUGGUAGGAGGAAUUGUUCACGAACGAAUAAUUAGCGGUGAGAAGCAGCAAUCAAGCCUGGUAAAUCUGGAGCCCAAAUCCACCUAUCGGAUUUGUUUGGUUCCGCUGGAUACUUACAACAAUUACCGAACUGGAGAAGACACUGUCUGUUCAGAGGCCACAACCAAGGCUUCCUUCUUGAAUGGCAGCAACAUCCCUUCCAGCCAUGAGCAGACGACUUCUCAGAACCUGGGCUCCCCAUUUCUGCUGGCAGGGUUGAUUGGGGGUGCGGUGAUAUUUGUCCUCGUGGUCUUGCUCAGCGUUUUUUGCUGGCAUAUGCACAAAAAAGGUCGUUACACCUCCCAGAAGUGGAAAUAUAACCGGGGCCGUCGGAAAGACGACUACUGUGAGGCAGGGACCAAGAAGGACAACUCCAUCCUGGAGAUGACGGAAACCAGCUUCCAGAUUGUCUCCUUAAAUAAUGAUCAGCUCCUUAAAGGAGAUUUCAGACUGCAGCCCAUUUAUACCCCAAACGGGGGCAUUAACUACACAGACUGCCACAUCCCCAACAACAUGCGAUACUGCAACAGCAACGUCUCAGACCUGGAACACUGUCAUACGUGAUAGUGAGGGAAGAUGGGGGUCCCUAGGACAAGGAGGAAAAAAACUCUGGAAAAAAAUAAGCCCCCCAACAACAAUGAAAAAAGAUUACAUUUGAUAAAUGUUACACAGAUGCAUUUAUGCAUUUGAAUACUCUGUAAUUUAUACGGUGUACUAUAUAAUGGGAUUUAAAAAAAGUGCUAUCUUUUCUAUUUCAAGUUAAUUGCAAAUGGUUUUGUAACUCUUUGCUUUUUAAAUCUUUAAAAAAUAUUGCUGAGUACUGUACAGGGUUGUACAAUAAGAACCCAAUGUCAUGGCAAAGGAAAGAAUGACUCAUUCUUCAAACAUUAACCACUUUGCUGUCGAAGCUGUCUGAGGGAUGUUAAUAUCUAGGUGUCCUGGAAUACAGGAAAAUAAGUGCAUAUUAAAACAGGGUCACUAGGAACAGACAAAAGCAGUUCAGAUAAAAUGGGUACGACCCUUCUGACUUGAACCCAGUUGCUGUUAAGCUUCAAACAAUUGGAAAUAUAUCCGUUCCUCAUUGUCAGUUCUGCAUUUCUUACGUCCAAGUGAAAUCUCGAGUUCUGAGUGAUGCCAGAAAGGCUAUGCUCUUUUUUGAUCAGUUUUCUCUCAAUCUGCUCAGAAUAGGAAAGGUAGAAAGAGCUCAGUGUCAAACUCAAAGUGACCUUGAUUCCUGCUUGCAAAAAUUGCUCCRAAAACAUCCCCCAAUACUAGAUAAUUUAACAUAGAAAUUGUUCGUGCUUUUCAAUAGGAUUAAAAAGCUUUAGGCAUUCUCUGACCCUUCUCAGUGGGMGGUAGAGGUUAUGUAACAGAAUGUAAUAGAGAGCUGUCAUUAAGUUGCACCUCUUUUUAAUAGCGAAGCAUUUGUUGACACAGCAUGUUCAGGUAAAGCGGGAAUGAGGGAAAUUCUGAGUGCUCCCAGCUCUGCAGUAUUCAUGUAACAGUUUGAAAUCUAGAAGUGCAUAUGUCUGAAAAUAUGAUGCAAAAUAUGACAGUGGAAAGGUUGUUACUAAUUUUAUUGGUUCAAGCUUUGUUUGACUUAGGGGCCUAAAUAAUAUUUACUAUCAAAAAUAGGGGGAAAAAAACAAAAAGAGAAAACAAACAAGAAAUAGAUUGUACAAAUUUAUUUAGUACUGGAAAGACCUCCAGGGCUAUUAAGAACUGGAAUAUGUUCUGGGGGAAAAUCAUGUACAAAUCCUGCCAGUGGUUAUUUUUUUUAUUUUUUUUUCCUCCCCAAUUAAAGUAUGCAGAGAUUGUCAUCAGCUAAGCAUUGUAUUGACUAAGGAAUUUUUAGUACACAAAUACACAGUGUCGCUCUGAAUUAACUUUCUUUUACCUUAAGCAUUUUUGCAUUUUCCAUAAUGAUUUCUACUUCACAAGCAGUAGGUGGGUGCAAAUUUUUUUUUUUUUUUUGACGUCAGAUUCUUUAGCUGCAAUACCUUCUCAGUCCUUGAGCUUUAUAUGCACUAUGCAAAACAUCACGCUUGUAUUAAAACUGUAAUGCAGCUCUUAAAGUUAUGUAAUGUUUCAGCCACUCUGCAAACUCAGUGACUGCSAAGAACUGUGGAUUUCUUGCCAGCUCAGUGGUGGAGUCUAAUAUUUUGCGAUUUUUUUUCAGUUUGUUUUUUAAUGUAGGUAAUUUUUCCCUGAGUUUGGGGRACAAGCUAAAGUUCACAUCACUUAAAAAAAAUAAUAAAAAUAAAAAGGAUGGGGACRAAACUUUCCUGAGGUAGUAGGGAACCAAAGAAAGAAGUUUUUAGAGUGACCACCUAGGGAUAGACAAGAAAUUGCUGCAUGUAUAUUGGAAGUAAACGCUGAAGCACUUUCACAAUGCUUAGAUUUUUCACUUUAUGAAGCUAUUUAAGGUGGAAGAGAGGGUUUUAAUCCUUUCCUUUGCUCAUUUCACUGAACCCAUUCUUGAAACUCAGCAGUCUAUGAGCAUGUAUUUUCUGCAGUUCAGAUCACAUGAUAAAUUAUUUUCUGCAAUGAAAAAAUGAACCCAGUUAUGAUCGAUGGCAAAGUACGAUGAUUUUGUAUGGAAUGAACUCCUCCCACCAACAUCUUUUAAAUUCACAUUUUGAAAUUCAACUCUGUAUGCUAUAUAUUUGCUAUUUUGUCCAGCUAUAGCAGGUGUUCUAAGCAACCUGUGCGGCUAUUGUAAUUGUUAAGUCACUAAAAUUUUGCUGAUUAAAAGUCUGCCAUAUGAUUUCAAAUUGCAUAGUUAUAGGUAGAAAUGUCUAUGCAAAGUGGUCUAUUUUUCUGUGAUCUAUUUACUGACGAUGAUGAUAAGGUUGAUACUUUUGGGCUUUGGUUUUUGGUUUUGGUGUUGGUUUUUUUGGGUUUGUUUUUUGUUUUUUGUUUUUUUGGUUUUUUUGCUGGGGUUUUUUUUUGUUUUGUUUAACAUAUUUUAGGUGCCACAACCUCAAAGACAAGCAGCAAAUAGUUGUGCUUCUGCACGCUUCUGUUGCAUGUUGGAGUUUGCUUGAAGUUAAGUAGAGCCAGAGAUUCCCACUGGGUGUGGAUAUAAUAUUUCAUUUCAAUGAAAAUAACUAGUUGUACAUUCAAUUUCAAAAGGCCUCCUUUGAAAGUACAUGUUUGCUAGUGUUUGGUACUUCAAUGACUGAUGCAGGAGGAAUUUUUCUGUUCUAGACCUCAGAAUACCAUUGGCACCUUUCUUAUAGCAAUUGACUUCUUCAGGGAGUUUGGCCUGAACUGCAGCUGAAUGAUCCACAAGCCCAAACUGGUGGCAACAAAUCUGGUUAUUGACCUAACAGGGUGAAAACAGAAGGUAUUCACUAAUUGAUUUGAGCUUGAAUGAUGAAACAUAUAUAUGUGUGUGUAUAUAUAUAUACACACUCACCUAAAUCAAAAAUCAAAAUGAAAUUAAAGAUAGAAGAGUUUAUGCUUGUUUUCAGUACGAAGAAAAAUACAUGUAUUUUUAUGGGAUACUCACAAAAGUUUGUUUAUUAUAAAUACUCUUCUGAAAAAAAAACAUAGCAAGCCCCUUAUACCAAAAUUUGUGGAUCUGUGAGAAUGUUAGCUAAAAAAAUUCACAGUUGUAGUCAACUGAAGGGUUAUAUGUUUCAUUUGAAGAGUGUUUCUCCCAAUUCUAAUUGUUCUUUAGUUCCAAAAAAGUUACUGUAUUUCAACCUACAACAGAGUCUGGGACUUCUCAAAGUGCCAGCCACACAAACAUCUGAGAUUUCAUUUCAGGUCCCACCUAUUUAAGUACAUAAUGAGCAAAUUUCCCUAGGUAAAGUAUUUAGRAAAAGUCAGAGUUAAAAAUGGACAAUGAUCUUUUGGGCAAUGUAAAGUUUAGGAUUAGUAACUUUUCCCUUGGGCUUUGUGAAAAUUGGGCGGUCUUCACUUAGGGCAAAAUCUGACCACAUAUAAUAACUAAAGGCUAUAGAGUAGAAGUACCAAAUAUGUGCAUAUAAUGUUCACUUUUAAGUCCCGAUUUGAACAAGUUAACUGGGUCUGGGAGGAAAUUAUAUUUUUUCAGACAAAAUCUCACCCGUCUUCCACUGUGUACUGCUAAUAGUGGACAGAGAUGUGCAGAAGGAUUGGUAAGUGAAAUGAAAUAAAAGUGUAAGUGAAAUUGUGUUAAAGAAGUAUCACAACACUGCUGUUCCCAAUGCUUAGGUUCCUCCUGAGGACAUAUUUAUUCACAAACAGGUCCUUAUUUUCAUGGAUUCCGUCACUUUAACAAGUGUUCCUUGCAUGUGGCUUGCUGGCAAAAUGAACACCUGAUUAAUGCAUGGACUCUGUGUUAACAGGUUCUUAUUGGAACAUUACUGAAUUUCUUUAUAAGAAUAUUUAGGGAAUCUUCUUUGAACUCAAAAGAUACUAGCAGUUUUCCCUGUAAGCCAAUAAAGGACUAAAACAGAAAAAUGAGAUAGCAUAUGCUAUUUGCUACUAAAGUAGUUCAACUUUACCUUUCUCUCAAUCAUUUUCUUUUUCUCAUGAGGRAAAAUUUGUACCUCUGAAAACUUUAUUGAUUUCAAUUUUGUAAACAAAAAAAAAAUUAUGCAUAUUGAUAUUAUUGUUUUAAGGAUCUACAUAAGGCACUUUAUUAAUGACAUUGAAGUGAAAGUUCAGUCUCAGCUUUUGACAGUAAAGUGGUUAAUUCCCAUUGACUCCCGCAUUUAUAGUACUUCUUCACCUUAAAUUUAACAUGGAGAUAUUAAAGUUUUUUCUUUAGAACAUGAGAAUAAUGGUUUUACACAUGACUUAUCUUUACAGCUCAGUGGAAAAACAAAACAGAAGUGAGUGCCAAAACCAAAAGUUACUGGCUCUGAACCUCAUCAAAUCCUGCCUGAUGCUCUCUUCUAAACACAGAGAUAAUMCUAGGAAGCUGAUGAUCACUCCUUCCCUGAACUCUAUUGAACAGGGCACUUUGUAUCCCAGAUGAUACUACAGGCAAUAUUGAAGCAUUUGGCAUUAAACUUUUGUACAGCAGAGAAUAUUUUGCUCUUWAAAAGGACGCUGGCUAGUAGUCCAUAUGGAAAACUAGCACAGAAGAAAUUUGGCAACUUUUUAUUAUAUGGGGGCUCUGUGGAAAUGUGCCUCAUGAGAGCUGAAUUCUGAUCCUCUCAGAAACAGAUAAGCUACUAAACAAAUUGUUAUCAUGAGUUGGUCCCAAAUAUCUGAAGAUGAUAUUUCAUAAAAUUGGUUUUAACUGAGAUAUGCACACUUGAUUCUGUUCUGUGUUUGGUAUACUUUCUAUCUUUAACAUGGAAAAAUAGACGGUUUGAAGUCUGCGUUAUCUGUUUUCUGCAAUCUGCCAUGUUGCACGCAUUGUUAACUUCAAAACCUCACUAUACACUAUAUAUUAUCUUGUUGACAUAUUCAGUAAAGAGUUAUUUAAAAAAUUACAACAAUCUUGCUGUAUUUAUAUGAGCAAGUUAAUUAAAAUAAGGAUGUGGGUAUCUGAAAGGGACAAAAAAUAUCAAUCUUUUAUACUUUCAUUCAUGGAGAUAUUUUCAGAUGCACUACUGUCUGCUCAAUCCUCUCUUCAGUUUCUAAAAGACAAAGAUAUGUCUCUCAAAAAGUUAAAUAUUUUGUUACCUCAGUUUUUCAGAUUUAAUCUUMUCUUUCAAAGGUUAUCUUUCUGAUAUGCAUAUAGAAAAGAAAUGUAAAGUGAGAACAGACUGUACUCCAGUGUUUGCAAUUAAUAGGUACACUUAAGGAGCUGCACAUGUCUAUAACAAAUAUAUAUAUGUGGAAGCUGUGACUCAUUAUAUGCAUAGCCAUUUGAUAAAUGCAUUUGACAUUCAUCCAUGACAAUCAUGAAUCUGUCUUUUAACUAUUAUUAUCUAUUUAAUGUUUCCUUGACAUGAAAUAUGUUUUUUUUCCCAAUUCUCCCUUCAAAAUUGUUCUUGAAUUUUCAAAAUGCACAACAUUCAUACAUAAGCCUUAAUAAAUUUUUGUAUAAAGCAAAUCAUAUACAUAACAUAUAUGGUAAUAUAUUCCCUAUAUAUAGAGAGAUGCUUUAGCUACUUAGAAAUUGAAAUUACCCCUCUCCUACUUUCAUAUGCAAGAACUAAUUUUUUGCUUUACCAGAAAAGUGAGAUACUGGAUGUUGCAACCUGUGUCAUUUCAAAGCUUAGGAAUUUAAUAUUGCUGAGUGUCACAGUUCCUCAACAAAAUAUCUUACCCUCCUUCUUAACCCCUGAAUAYCACGUGAAACUACCCAGGGCUCUGUGCAAUACAGAGCUGGUCCUGCCCCUUUUCCCCUCUAAUAUGACUCCUUUCAUCUGAUGUUUCUACUGAACCACAUUUGACCCCAGUAGCUGGACCUGCUUGCCUUACCACAGGAAGGGGGACAAUGGAGAUAAUGGAAACAAUAAACAUUUGCCAUCAGCUACAUAUUUCUGACAAUGAGGGCAUCAUCAUUUUCAAUUGAAAAGAUUUGAUGUCAUAAAACGAAAAUUUCACAACCACUGAUUUAAUCAGGUGAUCUUUUAAUAACCCAAAAUUAUUUAUUGUAGUGAAGAUAAAACUUUAUUUUUAAUAAUUCUAAGCUCAGUUAUCUGGAACUGUUCAUACAUGUGUGCAAGUGUAAGUAAAUUUCUUGUGUAUAGAGGAUUUAACUAAAAGGAUCUCAUAAAGAAAGCACACAGACGAGUCGUUUUUAUUACUGUUUAGUCAAUUUUUUUUUAAUAUUUCACUUUAAAAAGAGUUCUGCCAUUGAAGAAGAGUUAUGGUACCACAUGGAGUAGCUGCAUUCCAACAUUAAAGUAUGAAACACUUUUACAUGAAAUUUUAAUUCUACUGGAAAUUCCACUGUUAGCAGAGGCUGAAACUAAAAAUCACUGAAAUACUUCCAUUACACUGAGAGAGACUUGGUGAAUUUUUUWGCAAUAGUUUUCAUUCCUAAAACAAAUGAGUACAUUUUUAUGGCAAAAUCCUGACCCACUGAUUUCAGCUAUAAGUCACAAUAAUACAUAACAGAAGGAUUGUUAAAAGCAUGCAAUAUGACACUCUGUAUACCAUGGCACACUAUGUAUCCCCAGAUGAAAUACAUAAACUCAGGCAGUAGGCCUACUUCUCUCUUGUAAAAAGCCGGGAAAGCUGUGAAAUAGACUGUGAGGAAAAUGAGGGGAGGGAUAAAUAUGUAUUGAGCAACACUGGCCAGUAUAAAGACCUGGAAGAUAAGGACAUCUAAAGCCACAAAMGGGCCACUGCCCAUAGCAAGAACAUUCUGCUUCCAAACACCUUUUUUGCUUAUAACUCCAUAUUAUGGUUAAAGUGUGACUGAAAAAAUGUGUGUAUGAAUAUUGAGAGUUUAUAGCAUAAUUUCAUUUUGGUGGGGACAUCUUAUACAGGAUAAGAAUCUUGACUUUGUACACGGUGUCUAUUAUUUACCUUUUCCAUAUAGAAAUUAUUUGAUGAAGAACAAAAUCAUGUUGAUAACACUAUCCUGGCUUUUUAGGCAUAGAAUGACUUGAAGAAUCAAAAUAGUACAUAAACUAUUAUGCAAAAAUCCAACUCAGAUGUCCAUAUGUGUUUGCAGCUUUAACAUUUUCUUUGCAAGAAGCCUCCAUGCUGAAUUGCUAGUGUUAAGCUGAACACAGCAAUUCUGGUAAAACACAGUCGACAGAAAGAUUUCUCUUGAAAUGGUAUAUUUCUUGAAUGAACCUGGAUUGAAAAAAAAUACUUUUUUUCAUACAUUUUCCAACUAUUUAUUUUUUCUAAAUUUGAUUUUUCUUUUUGCAUUUUUUUCCCCCAAAGGAACUGGUGUCUUCUAAGUUGCAGUGAAUUUAGAAAGCUGCAUGCUUGUCAGGUAAAACAAAAUAUCACAGCAGACAUUCCUCCAGCUUGCURUAGAAGAUAAAUUGUUUAGAGAAACAUUUCAGCAAGCCCCGAUAAUCCAGCAAACAAUUUGAUCAGGAGAAAAAAAUUGUCAGUGUUUGAAAGACUGAUGUUAGUUUGAAGUAGUAAAGAAAUUCACUGUCAGAUGAAUGCUUUCUCUGCAUUAUUUCGGAAAGAUGACAUGUAUUCAUUUGAGUUUAGAUUUAGACAACUGAUGAAGGAUAAGUGAAAUAACUAUAGCAAAUAAGAAAGUUAUGAGUAAAAUACUAACAGCAUUAGUUUAGUGUCGGGUAUUAUAUGCCUGAAGCUAUAUAAAUUUCCACAAGUCAGAAUUUACUGCUUGCUGUAAAAUACAAUUGUAUUUUCUAAUGAACACAAUGACCUUCAAAGCUUUAUGAGCAGGAUAUUUCUCAUGAUUUUUUAAAAAUUGUGUUUCAUAARCCACCCUUCAGAAAGAUCCUUAAGCCGUGCUAGAUAUUCUGGUGUUUUAACUGCUUACAGCCCUGACAGGUCUUUGAUGAUGCUCUUUUGGAUUUGCUUGAAGAUUUUUCGUUCUGCUUUUCCUGCUUGACUACCCUGGCUGGAGCCAAUCACGUGAAGUAUGUGCCAUAUUUUAUCAUGUGAUUUUAUCAUGUGUGGUUUUUUCUCAGGACAGCCGGGCAAGAGGGAAGAGGCAAAUCAGAACAGAGCCUUUCAGUGCUCUGAUGGUGAUCCCCAAGCAGUGCCACCUGCACAGCUGACACAGAGCCCUCAGCAGGUGCUGCCAAGAGGGGGAUGACAGUGGUGUGGUGGACAAUCACCAUUCCUGUCACCUCUCCUCAGCAUCACCCUACCUGCCGUGUGUUCCUGCAACACUCRAUCUAACACGGGCACAUCGUCAGACAGAUCCCUGCUGAAUGACCUUGAGUGUGUUCAUGAGCCCCUGGAACAAAGUGAGUGGCACAGAGGGGACUGGGAUUUGCUCCCUGAGUCUUAGAUCCACAUUUUCCAGCUUCUUUUCACCAGCUACAUGGACUAAAUUCUUGAAAAAGUGUUAGAACUAUAAGUUACACUGACAGAAGUGAAAGCUUUUGUAACUUACAGCAAAUUCAAAGUUAAUGCUAAAGGGUCUAUUUUCAUAUUAUGUAAGAAUUUAUAUUAAUAUUUCUAAUAGGGUAUGCCCUAUAAUAGGGCAUCCACAUGCUCAAAGAGUACUUGGAUGAUCCCUUUAUAAAAAAGAUUAACAAAAUGUAAAUUGCAUGGGAAUUUAAGAGGACUGAAAUAAUCUAUGGAUCCUGAUACAGUCUUUUUCACAGGGAAUUAUUCUAACUGUUUCACAUUUUGGAAUGAAUCCUGAAGCAUAUCUUUUUAGCCAAAAAACUGUAUAAAACCACUGUCAGAUUUAGAAUAAUUUAAGCAGAAGGCCAUCUAGGUCAGUUAAGAUUUCUUCUGUAGAUUCACGUAUAAAUUUCUAACCUUCASUGUCAUCUAGUAUACAAAUUCUGGCACCAAAAUGCUAAUGAUCCUCAGUCUGCAUACUUGUCAAAUMUUGCUUAUAAUGGGAAAAAAGAUACAUCCUUUACUCACCUGGAGAUAAGCAUUGGGUAAAAGCGCGACAUUUUUAUUAUUUCUCAAUGUACAGCUCUGUUGAAAAAACAGUAGAUUCACCCAGAGGCAUUUUAGUAGAAGAUAAGAAAUUGCUUUACCAUUUGGAGAGUUUUCUUUAAGUUAAUGUAUGGAUUCCACAGGAAUUCAAUAACAAUAUACAAAACACAAUGAAAUUAAAUCAUCACGAUAUCCACACUUCAGCUUUAAAACUUUUUGGCUAAAAAGGAAGCAAUGAUUGUGUGUAAAGCCCAGAGUUAAUUAGUAGUAAAACUGAAAUCUUUAAUCAGUGAGCUAGGCAACAUCUACCUAUGAAAGAAAACUAAAAAAAUAAAGAGCGUAAAGAAAAGACACCACCAUUAUUAAAACAAAACAAAAACCAAACCAAGUCAAUGUAUAAAAAAAGCAAAACRACUCUCAAAGUUAGAAGUGUAUCACACGUUUCUUAGCUGCUAAUAGUUUUGUUAUAUCAUGCAUUGACCUUUGGGAUCCUUCCACCUGUUGAGGUACCAUCUAGUAAAUCACCAGCGCCCAAACUAUUUCACAGGGAAGACUAUGAUAAAAUUGUUAUUUACUUCUUCACUUUAGGAUCUGCUUUAGGAUCUGGGGUAAUAUUUGCUUCUUUUUUAAUGGUCUUUUACCACAUUGUUUCUUUCUUACUGCUGUGCAAGUCCACAUUAUAUUCAAAUUUGCUACACAUGAUGCACUUGUCAUACCCCCAAACCCCAACUUUGUUCAGGUCUACAUUUCUUUAACUAACUGUUGAUGAGUUGUUCAUAACCAUGGGAUCUCUGGUUCCAGGCUGUGGCUCAGCUCUUAUCCCACUAUUCCUCUAUAAGGUUUCCUUUGUUUCCUCUUCUCAAGAACUUCACUAACAUACCAGACCUGUAAUUUUCUACAUUGCUUCACUGCACUAGACUCACWAAUAUCUCAUUUUAUAUACAACUGCUUUUUAUAGCUGUAUAUCAARCUGGUUAUGCCAUACAAAGACAAGCCAUAUUCAAACCAAUUAAACAUCAUUAUCUGGUUAUGAGAGAAAAAUACUGUAGCAGCUAAACUAGGUCAAAGCAAAGUUUCAGGCAGACUGAGACAAAGUCAGACAAAGGAAACUUGACAAGCCACAGUCCUGAGGCCUCAUAAACUCAGUACAAAUCCUGUGGCCUAUUUCUAGCAAAGAAAAUACUGUGAUACUGAGCUACAAGAUAGAACACAUAGCACACAUCUUAAAAAUGCUCUGAUGAAGUUCCCGUACAUCCUCUGUACCUGCACAUCUGUAAGAAUCUACUCAAGAUUAAAAAACAUUAUCUUAGCUGUCAGAGUACCUACAGAGUUUCUUAAAGUGUUGAAAACCACAAAAGUGUGGUUAAAGAAAGUUGGCUUUUUUUCUGGUUUGUUUUCUACUGCUACUGCUUUACAAUAUAUGGUUUAUGAUUUAGUCCAAAUUGAGCCUUCUGAAAGAUAAUGUAUUGUGGGAACCCAUGACAAAGUAAGUAUAUAGAUUCUGCAGUGAUUCUGCAAUCUUAACUUAAUGAAAAUCUGUUUCUGACAAGUCUUUACAAAAUGUCAAUUCCACUUUCAAAGACUCUAUCCUUCUCAGUGUGAUGAUUGGUUUCUCUAAUGAGAUUACAUUUCUUAUAAGACUUUCCURAAGUCUUAUUCUUAUGCUCUGGCUUAUUUAUCUUUUCUUAACAAAUUCUGAAUGUUUAACUUUACUAAUAUUUAAAGUAAUUAAUAAAUUUCAUAUUGAGAUAUUGCUCUCUAAGUUAAAAAUGUAGGUAAUCRUUGAUUAAUCGGAAGUGGAUAUAUAUUCCAGAUUGUUCAGUACUUCUCUAAGAAGCUUAAAUUUCUGUGGUUGUGUUACAUGUCGAUUGCUGAUUCAUCUCAAGAGAAAAGGAUCUGAACUCUAACUUAAAGUUAAAUGYUUUGCUAGGCAGAUAUUAAAGAAAUAUCAUAUUAAAAUGGGAUGUCUUAGUGCAUAUCUAUUGCAUAGAAAACCUUCCAUAUUUUUAUUACUUAAAUAGAAUCCUUAGUAGGUUUCCCAAAAUGUUCURAUUUCUUAGUUCCUUAUUUUUUGAAAGGCAAUCUUUCCGUUGCCUCUGUCUUGUUUGGUGAACAUCUAAUUAUAUAUUUUCUCUCUAACACAAKGAUGUGUCUUCUUGAUGCACUUGUAAAUUUAUAAUAGGAUGAUAGGCCUUGUUUUAUUCUAAUCAAGGGUUAUCAGAUGGUUAAAACAACUUACCUUUACAACAUUAAAAAAAACUUCCUCUCUUAAAAGAGGAAAACCCAGUCUCAAAAGAAAACAUUAUUUCAUUAUUGCUAUGCAUUCUCAGACUUUCUGCUGUUAAAUAAAACAUAACUGAAUAGAUAGUGCUGAAAUGAAUAAACCUUUAUAAUAACUGUUUUGUUAGAGCUAAUAUAACUGAAGGCGUAUCUGUACUUCAGCUGUAAAUGUCCAUAUAUUGAAUUUUGAAAAAAAAAAAAGCAAAAGAAAAGAAAGCCCAUAUAAAUUGAUUGAAAAACCUACUAGUGUUGCUUACAUUCCCCAAAUGAUCAAAUGAAACAAUUUGAAGUUGUUUUCAAAACAGACUUUUAGUAUAGCAAAAACAAAUUUCUUUUUGAAUAUGCUUCUUUGCCUCUGAUCAUUGCUCAGCUGGAUGUCCUACACAUGCCUUUUCUCUUUUAUUCCUGAAUGUCACUUGUUUUUCCAUCCCAGAUAUAAUACAAAAAUAGUUUAUUUAAGCUGGCAGAAUUCUGUUUUUAGCUAAUGGAAGAAUGUAUUCUAGUCACACUUCUGUGCCCUUCCCAUCCAUCCAAAUAUGGCUGUAAAGAGCAUUYGAUAACUUUGUCAAUUUAUCUGGCAAAGAUUUUUUUAUGGCUUGUUUUCUAAAGCUCUGCUUAGUUGUAAAUAUUUCUCAACCAUAUUUCUGAGUCUAAAUGUUAGCUAUUUUAGCUGUUUUGCUUUCCAAAGCAAAAGAAAAAGAAAAAAGCUAAAGAAAAAGUCUGCUUAUUAGCAAAAUUUUCCUCUUGAUACUUCCAUAAUUUCUCUUAUGCUUAGUAUCUACACAUUUUAUAGGUAGAAGACAUAAUAUUCCAAGUAUACAGAAACAUUACAAGUCUGUAUCUGCUUCUCUUCUUACUUCUGUUAAUCCAUUUUCCACUUUGCUUUGUCGCUUAUUUUGAGUAAUUCUACUUCCACAGAAUCUUUAAGUGAACAUGUCAUAGAAUUCUUCCCCAAAAUGUAUCCCAGAUUGCUAAAAAGCACAAGUUCCCAGACAGGGUUCUCCUUCCACAAUAAACUCCUUGCACAAGCGAGUGAUGAAACCAAUGUGCUAUGAAUUUAUUUACUAUGUCCUGUAUUUUUCCCCACUCUUCCCUCCCCUCUCUUUUCAUGUCCAUUUUCACUUUGUCCCUACAUUUAGCUCAGUGCCCACCUCCAGAGUAAUGUCUCUGUGCUUGAACAGCUCUUCUAGCUCUUUUCAUGUUAUUUACCACCAUUUAAAUAUGAAUCCAGCUGGUGAAUAGGCAAGAGCUGAAAUUGGUGACAGAGAAAGCAGUGAUGAAGUGACGCAGUGAUAAGCCAGAGCAUGGCUGUGGUCUGACUUUGGUUGAGUUCUAUCCAGUUCUCCCCUGAGAAUGGGCACUUACUGUCUUUGCCACCUCACCACCAAUUUUCACACAUUUUCAAGCAUCUGGAUGAUUGUGGUACCUCUUAUUUUACUCCUUACCAAAAAAUAACCAAAAACAUUAAAASCAGACAAAAUGACAAACAAAACAAAAGGACAAAACACAAACAGGUGUGACUGACAAUGUGAUAGGCAUAUAGACAUGGGACAUCAAAUGUUUGUGUUCUACAUAAAGCAAUCAAAAAUGGUUAAGUGGUGCUGUAAGAAAAUCAUCUAAGGAAUUACACUAGGCCAGCUGAGUAGGGAAUAACAGGGUAUUGCUAUGAUAAAAGUGUAAGAAAAUCRAACCAAUUAUAUUUAGAGUUGUGUUUACAGCAGUGCCACAUAUUUGAAAAAUUAGGGUGAUUACAUAAGCCUCACUUAGGGACAGAGUAUGAAAAUUUUAAAACCAGAAAGGAUAAGAAGAAUAAAAGGAGAAUAAGAGGAUAUAAUUCACCCAGUGCCUCACUUUGUUCUUCUGUUAAAAUACUGGCAAAUGGAUGGCAUUUAUGARAGCUUCUUUGCAUUUAAAAAUAUGUCUUUGCAAAGAAAUUUUAUAGCCUAUAAUUUGGCACAAAUUAAGGAAAACAGAUGUGUCCCAAAUGGUAAGACUUAAAUGYAGAUUUUAAUUAACCUGUGUGUUGAGGAGCCUCUCAACUGAGAUUUGAUUUGAGGCUCUGUUUGUUAUACUGUAUUGUGUAAUACAGCAUUGAAUGGAGGCCCAUUUUCUGUACUUCAGAACACAUUUACUUUUGUGUUUUCUAAUUUCAUUUCAAACAAAUAACAGCAAUUCCAAAAAAAUAGAAACAAAUAGCGAUGUUAAAUUUUUAGAAUUCUUAAGGAAUUAAACUGCAAUUUAUAUAUGCAAUAGCACAUCAGGAGACUUGGAGCACCUGAACCUGGGACUGAAUAGUCUGAUUCAGUGAAACAUUACCAACUUUGUAAAUUGGAAAAGCUAUGAAUCAAGACAUCAAAUACCAAACUUUAAUAUAAAAAUAAUAAAAAAWWAAAAAUAUGCAUUUUGUUUGAUCUUUUUCUUUUGCUGUAGAAUAUUUGUUAAUCAGCCAGAUUUUCAAAACUUUUUCCACAAUUUUAAUUUUCGAAAAAAAAAAAUUAUGCCAGUUGCAUACUUUUUUGCUUGGUUCUAAUUUUAGAAGAUGACAAAAACACCAAUAUUGCCAGUUAUGGCUCUGGUGACAAAAUCAAAAGAAUUAUAAACCCAAACAAUUUUUAGAAGAUAAUACAAUACUGAUUUCCUUUUAAAGCAGAACUCGUUCCACUGAAGAAAAGCCUAGAAAUGUGGAGAAAAAGUAAAUUCUGGUCUCAAAGGACAUAUAUGAAUUUCAGCUCUUUGAUGCAUCUUAAAUGAAAUGGAAUGCUGAAACUUUUAAUUUACAUCAAUCCACAGAAAUAUCUAAGAAACUUUUUUUUUUUCAUAAAAAUCAAUCCCACAACAACAUCUUUUGAUUCUGACCUUACUUCAGCGUCCUACUUUCACAGCUUUAUUUGUUCCCGAUGUUAAGUAUGGGGAAUUCCAUAUUUAUUUUGACCAAAAAUAUCCUUGAAAUAAAGAUUUAUAAAGACAAUUAGUAACAAGAGUAGGUUCCUAUGUCGUGCCUCCAUUUUUCACACUCCUCAACAUGGUUUCACAGUCCAAAGUAUUUUCUUAAUCAUUGAUUUUUCCCUUUCAGAUUUUUGCCCAAUCCUCUGUGCCUUUUCUCUGGGGACUAGAAAGGCAUUUUGYCUGGUGGCCCAAAUUAUUAACUCUGAAUGAAGCGUCAGAUGUUCUUCUAAUAACCGGGUUCUAGUUUGUCAAAGACUCCAUUCAAUUCCAUGUAUUCUUUGUAGCUGCUUCUGCAAAUAACUGCUACCAAGAUAAUUGUAGCAUCUUUCUAGUUGRAUUCUGAAACAUAAAUUUAACACCRGACAGAUGAGAAAAUAUCUGCAUCAUCAUCUAUGGUGAAUGCAGAUUUGAACACUUUGAGCAGAGUCUGACAAUA